UCAUGAGGGGAGUGUUACUAGAGUGGCCACGGUCACCGAUUUAGCAGCUUUGAUUUAAAUAGUACUCUGAGCUUUGUGAGAAUGCCAGCGUGACGUUACAUGGCAAGAGGAAUGUUUUGCUAGGGUGUUUUGUUUAUAGUUUUUAUUGAUUAUGUGGUAACCGUAUUGACGAAUCACGUUAUAGACGCAGAACACGUAAAUUUAAAUAUUAUUUAUAUUUCUUUUCCCUUUUUUAUAUCUCUAAAAACAAAUAUGGAAAACAUGACGAAGUGACUGAAAAAUAUGAAUAUAAACAAACACCGAUCCACAAAUUAUAGCGUCUGUUUGGUGACUAAAGUUUACAUAGUUUAUGAUCAUCAGUGAUCUGUGUUUUAGUUGGAAUAUACUACAAAUAAUAUUUUGUAGUUUCCCUAUAAGUUGUUUUAAAAGCCAUUAAAAUGAUGAUGGAUUAUUUUGUUACAAAUAAUUCCUUAGCACCUGCACCUAUGGGAAUUCAAAGUACUGCAGGUGCUGUACCCGUAAAAAAUGAUAAAGGGGAGCUUUCUAUGAAAAAAGUAAAAGUACAUCGUUAUGUCUCCGGAAAACGUCCGGACUAUGCACCAGCUGCAAGUUCAGAGGAAGAAUCUGAAGAUGAAGAUUUCCUGGAAAGGCGAGCUCACAAACAUUACGAGGAUAAUGAAAUUUCUAUGGAUACUCCUGUACAGUCACAAGUUAGGAUACGAGAUGAGGAUGACCCACGCAUAAGAAGAUUAACACGUUUGGAAAGACAAAAAGAAUCUAACACAGAAAUUCGUACAGAGAGACAUAGACACAUUUAUGAACCAGAAUUGAUUGAAGUUGAACCUGAAAGAACUCGUGAAAGAAUCAAGCUGGAAAGUUCCGAUUCAUCGGAAGAUGAAGAGUUAUCUGAUUCUGAAAUAGAAAGGAGACGCGAAGCAUUGAAACAGCGAGUUUUAUCUAAAAAAGAAAAUGAGGAAGAACUAAUUCAUGGGGAAGAGGAUGAAAGAUCAGGAGAUAGUUCAGACGAGAGUUCAGAAUAUGAAGAAUACACAGAUUCAGAAGAAGAAACUGGACCAAGAUUGAAGCCAGUUUUUGUACGUAAGAAGGAUAGAAUUACAGUAAUGGAAAAAGAAAAAGAAGCGAUGAAACAAAAACAAGCAGAAAUCGAGGCUAAGAAAAUGGCAGAAGAAAGGAAAAGGCAGACAUUAAGAAUGGUAGAGGAAGCAAUAAGGAAAGAGACACAAGUCGGUAAAGGUAAUAACGACCAAGAAGGAAAAUUAGAAGAUGUUUGUACAGAUGAUGAAAAUGAUGAAGUAGAAUACGAAGCAUGGAAGUUAAGAGAGCUGAAAAGAAUUAAACGUGAUCGGGAAGAAAGGGAACAACUCGAAAAAGAACGUCUUGAAAUAGAACGCAUACGGAAUAUGACAGAAGAAGAGCGGAGGCAAGAGGCUCGCCUGAAUCCAAAGGUUAUUACUAACAAAGCAGCUAAAGGAAAAUACAAGUUUUUGCAGAAGUAUUAUCACCGUGGAGCAUUCUACUUGGAUAAAGAAGAUAAUAUAUUUAAACGCGAUUUCUCUGGUGCAACGCUAGAAGAUCAUUUCGACAAAACAAUUUUACCAAAAGUUAUGCAAGUGAAGAACUUUGGACGUAGCGGUAGAACAAAGUAUACGCACUUAGUUGAUCAAGACACUACUCAGUUCGAUUCACCAUGGAUCUCAGAAACAGCGCAAAAUCUCAAAUUUCAUAAUAAUCAAGCAGCAGGAAUGAAGCAAAUAUUCGAUCGGCCGUCAUUAAAAAAGCGAAAAAGUGAAAACUAGUUAAACAACAUAUAAAGAAAAUUAUAUUUAUAAAUUAUUAUAACUUAGUUUUUUCGUAACAGAUGUUUUAAAGCUAGUUUUGCAGCCGCACAUUUAGCUAGUUUUUUAUUUGAACCAAAUCCAUGGAAGCGCUUUAUCUUUCCAGCAAUGAAUACUUCUAAUGAUACCAUAAUGGAACUCGUGCCUUCAACGGGAACUGCAUUCCUGAAAAAAAUAAUUUGCGCUAUAAUUGAUUGCAUAUGUUGAUUUUUCCUGUGUUGUUCUAUAUCGAAAAAUAAGGAACACACUUACAAGAAUUGCGGUCUUGCACCUUGAUGUUCAUAUAAUACACGAAUCGGUUGUUUAGGAAUGUUUUUACUAAAUUCAUCUUAAAACAAAGUAAUAAUAUUUAGAUUAAUAUAUAAUCACAUUAUAGAAUUUUUAUUUAAAAAGUUUACCAAUUUCUGUAUGCAUAAGGGAAAAAAUGAUUUCCCAAACUUUCUUCAAAUUUUUUCCUGAAUCCAUAUAUAUGGCACCUAUUGUAGAUUCAAAUAUGUCCCCUAAAACUUUAGGAACAUCUACAUAUUCAACCAUAUUGCAUUCUUUUUCUUCCAUUAAAAUCCAUAGGAGCUGUAAAAAUCAAUUCCAAUAAAUAUGUACUUCAUACUGCACAUACUCAGUAGCUCUCACUAUGAUAAAGCACCUCAUCGUUUACAACAUGACCUCUUUCUUCUUGAAAUUUAACAAACCGGUUUAUAGCAUCGUUCAAUUGUGGCGAAUAAGCCAAUAACGCAGUAUGCAAACCGUAUCGUACACUCAAACAUGCAAAUGUAAUAUUGUUAACAAGUGCAGAUCUUAAAUCUGUUAAAACACCAGGACUCAAGUUCCCACAAUAUUCAUAGAUGUAAGAUGUAAUUAGAAAAUCUAAAACACGAAAACAUUUAUUCGUAAAUACCUAGGUUUACAUAAAUUCCGUUAAACAUUCUACUUUCUUAAAUGAUUUCUUACCAAUAACAGCGUCACCGAGAAAUUCAAGUCUUUGAUAACAUUCGGUUAUAGAAUUUGCCGAGUACGAAGGAUGUGUAAAAGCCUAAAAUAUUUGCAUCGUGUAAUUAAGAUUAUUGUAAAAUAUUAAAAACAUAUUUCUUUGAUCUUUAAUUGAAAAUAAUUCGAUAACAUGUACACCUAAAAUUAUAUUAAUGUCUCAAAAUACCUGUAAUAAAAAGGCCCUAUUUUCAAAUUUGUACCCAAGUUUUUGUUCUAUAUUAGAGGCCCAGGGAAUCAAGUAAUCUACAUCUUCAGAAAUUUCAGGAUCUUUGGGCACAGUAAAUAAUAGGGCAUUAAUAUCAAUAUCCUUUGGUAAGAUUUCAAACCACGUUAAUAGAUUAACAGUACUUUUAAUACCCAUACUCUAUUAAAAAAUAUGUAUACUGAAUAAUUGUAAGUAUUACGAGUAGAAUGAUUUACCAUAUAUACAAUUUAUUACUGAAACAUUUUGAACAAAAGAAGUAGUAUUGUAUAUACUUUUUGUACUUACUGAAAGAUAAACACCUAUCAAUGCUUCUACACAGUCGGCUACUGUUUUAUCAGCAACAAUUUGUAUGCCAAGAUAAAGUUCCAUACCAGUUUGUGUUUCAGCAACGUCCCAAUUUAAAACCUUGGAUUUUAUUGCGGUUUCAGUACUUUUACUCAGACAUCCAGAAAAUUUUUCCUUUUCAGGGAUUUCAAUUUCAUAUAAAACAUUUGGUGAUACCUUGAACAGAAUAUUUCAUAGCAUUAUACAUCAGAACGACUGUAAUCAAAUUAUAUGGUGAAACAUUAACAAAUUAACAAACCUCCGUAUCUAGUAAGAUUUUCUGAAGCUGUCUAAAUGCUGAAUAAGCGGGAGGAAUGAAAUUACUGAGAGGUACAAAAUCAUCUACUUUCAUGCGUCCAGGAAUACACUUCUUCUUUCCACAAUAAUAAAGAUUACGGUUGCCGAUUAGUUUUCCUUUCAGUGCCGUUAACGGACCUUCAUUAUAAUUUGGAAAAAAAGUAUACAAAAACAACGAUACAACAAAUUUCAAACAUGAAUCUCCUAAAGUUUCCAAUCGUUCCAAAUCGAAUGCAUCAUUCCCAAGUUUACUCGUAAGUGCCUACAAUGAAUCACGGUGUCGUAAAAUAUUACAAUGUGGUACGUUUGUAAAUAAAAAGGAAAAUAUGUUAACUAGACUUACAUAUGUAAUCUGUACUGGACUGGGACCACCUGAAUUCUCAACUGAUAAUAUUUUUAAUUCCCGUACUGGAACCGAUGGUCUAUCCAUAAACGUGAAUUUUCUUAUGUUCUGUAAAAAUAAAAUUAAUCUUUAAAAUAAAAAUUGUUCAUCAAAACUAUUGUACCAGCAGGGAAAUAAUUCGAGUAACGAGUAGAUGAGACGAGAUAGGUGAUCCAGGGGCAGUGAACUCAGAAGGCCACGUCGCCAUCUGAAAAACCAUCGACAUAAACAUACAACCGUUGUUGCGCGAAAUGUUCGGAAUUCAUUGCCUUUAAUAGAAAAACUGAAAUACGGAGAGAGUGACUUUUCCCAUUUUGAGCGAUUAGCGAGCGAUAAUAAUAUUAUAUUUUUCGUUUUACUUUGUAUACCUUCGAAUUCAAACUCGGAAAUAAUGCUGCAAGAACCGCUCACAAUAUGAACAAAGCAUUUGGGGACAUAAUAUAUAUAUAUAUAUUAUGUACUAUAUAUUUUGUACUUGAGAGUUAUAAAUAACCCAAUGCUUACCGUUGUAUAAACAUCUUCAUCGCAACCGCUAGUCAUAAAUUGACAAUAAUGCUCAAUAUCAAUCAUUCUAAUGUCUUCAAUUUUUCUGAACAACUCUGGUGGUUCUUCAUCUUUUGUCCAUGGAUAAUGAUAUGCAUCUGUAUUUAAUACUGUAACAAAACAUAAAUUUAAUUUAAUGCAAAAAACAUAUAUGUUAUAUUAAAAAAGUAAAUUAUGUUUAAUAACUAAAACAUGCACCAUCUAUUUCUGGGCCACUCAAUACAGGCUCUGAUUGUAAAUUUUCAACAUCUUCGUUACAAAUCACUUUUUUGGGUGGUUCAAGAAUAUCGAUUUCUUCUUCUCUUAUUUCUAGUGGAGGCCAAUGAUUAACGUUAUAUUCGACUACUAAAUUAGCCUCCUCGGAUACGAGACGUCGUAAAUCUUCUGCAAUUAAAAGCUGCGAAAUUCUAUGUAAUAUAGAUGGUAACAUUGUUGCUUUAAGCCAGUAUAAAGCUGGAAAUUUAACAAUGGUGCAGAAUUCUGGAACUAAAUGUUCUUUCAGAUCCUCAUUCAUCUCCAUACGUUUACGAUACUUCGAUUCGGAUUGCAUACUCCUGUUUGUAAUAAACAAAAAUUAGUUGCAAAUCUAAGUCUGUUUAAAUUUUUCAACAGAAAUUUGUACAUUACCUAGGUUUUAUACAAUUAAUCUUUUUUGAUACCAUUUUCGCUUCUAACAUUGGUUGGGUUAAAUUAUGUACCGUUAAACCAUGCUUUUGUUUAUAAUAAUGAACGUAUGAGAAGAAAUUCUCCGAUGGAAAACAUGAAUUUGGUGUAAGCUCCUCGCAAAUCUGUGUAAUUAUAUAUACUUCCGCAGCAGCUCUAUAAUUUGGCACAACUAAUGCUAAAUCAUAAUCAUUAUGCUCAAACUGAAAAGGUACUGGCGGUGGUAUAUGCUGUAUCUGUUGAUGUUCUUGUAUAAUAUCCCAAUCUAUUUCCCACUUUUCGUUAACUGGAAAAUAAUAAAUAAUUACAUUUGAUUUACAUAAAAUAAAGUUAUCUUUCCAUAUUUACGUUACUACAAAUUUACCUGGUGCAAUUAAGAAAC